ACGUCUUGAGCUUGGACCACCACUAACUUACAUAGACCCCUGAACAGACCUCUUGCUUCUGCAGUCUUCGACAAGUCCGAAUAUCUCGCUGCUUUAAGGAAUUCCUUGUGACCAUGCCAUCGUCCACAAUAGCCGAAAUACUAGCUUCUCAGUCAGCUUUGGUCCAAGAGGCAUCUGAAGCGGUUCCUUUCCAAUUCUCGCAGUGUACAUACUCUCGCGGGUACAUCAAGCAAGCAGUAUACUGGUGUGUGACAUGUAAAGAGACUAGAGGAGUCUGUUCGGCUUGCUCUGUUGCUUGCCACACCGACCACGAACAAGUUGAACUAUUUCCAAAGCGACAUUUUCGAUGCGACUGUCCUACUUCUGCCAUGCCACAUCCAUGUACCUUGCACCACCAAGUAGAAGACGUGAACACGGAAAAUACGUAUGGACAGAAUUUCAAAGGGCAGUUCUGUCGGUGCGGGCGUCCUUAUGAUCCCCAAGUGGAAAAGGAGACUAUGAUCCAGUGCCUUGCCUGUGAGGACUGGUUCCAUGAGUCUUGUCUCAAUUUGAGAGAUCGUCCCUCGUCGCGCGAGCCGACACCUGCCCCCACUGACCACGCCGACCAAAACGCGUCAGAGGAGCACGACGACGCACGUUCUGAUGCGUCUUCCUAUGGGCUACCCCCUCCUCUUAUUACCGCGUCAAUGUACGAAUCAUUAGUAUGUGGCGCCUGUGUACGCGACAUUGCCAUCCUCAAGCGAUGGGCUGGUACACCAGGCAUACUGAUGGUGGUACGCGACGGUACUAACGAUAAGUGGAAGGUCAUCGGUCAAGAUUCAGAAUCUGCCGAGACGCUAGAUGUCAACGGUGGCCACAAUGAGUUGCCUCCGGUCGUCGUGGGACAGAAGCGUGGUCGCUCUGGAUCUGUUGGCGAUGAUCCAAAGACCAAGCGUCCUCGUGAGGUCGCAGAAUCCUCCUCAACUCUAGCUGAACCUAGGCAAGGCCCACCAUGCCUGGCGCCAUGUCCUAGUUCGUACGUUCAACGUAUAUUCUCCUCCGCCCAAUCGCCUGUGGCGGUUCAUGAAUCAUCGGAGCUGGGUAGUGGAGAUAUCUUCUUGACGCAGGGUUUCAGGGAACGUUGGUGUCAGUGCACACAGUGCCUUACUUCUCUGCAUCUGCACCCGUAUCUUCUGGAAGAAGAAGAGACAUACGAACCGCCCGAGGACCCUGAUUCCGGGCUUUCUCUGGAAGAGCUAGGGAUGCGUGCACUUCAAAGGUUACCUCGUGACAAAGCCAUAGACGGUAUACGAGCUUUCAACGAAAUGAGAGACCAACUCAUGAAUCAUCUCCGACCCUUCGCGCAAGAAGGGAGAGAAGUCACAGAGGCCGAUAUCAAAGCUUUCUUUGAGGAGAAGAUGGCUGCCAGAGGGAGUGGUUAGCUGGUCAGCUGUGAUUGGUUGUUGUUCCUGAUUGGACAUUCCCACCGACCACCCCGCCCUUCCCACCAUCGUGUUUUCUAACCAUAAAACGCGUUUUUAUGGAAGUCACUGGGUCUGUCUUCCCGUUCUCAACAAGGUGCUCGUGAUUUGCCGCUUGGAAAGAUAAGGUUCACAGUUGCUCGACUUUGCUCGACUCCCGCUCUUAAUGAAUCUGAUUUCUUGGCCGAACUGCAAGAUCUCGAACCACAUAUACGGAGCCUUCAUGUAAAAAGGCAAAGCUGCCCAGAUUUACAGUCAUGCGAUCUUUUCGGUACUUUUUACUUUUUGAUCACACUUCGCACGUUUGCACUUUUUUUGGGCUUGUACUUUGCGUCCCAUGCGAUACACAUAAUUUAUCGCUUUGCCUUGAC